AUUGCCUAAUUUCUUUUGAUCCAAGACUGACCCAAAAUCAUUUAGACCUAACGGUCCGGUUAUGUCAAUUUUUUCAAUUAGGACCUAACAGCCCUACCAGUCACCAUAAGUUACGAUCUUCCGUUAAUGCCAUCCUCCUGAAUCAUCAGUUGUCGUUAAGCUGUGCAACAAUACUCGCAAAAUGGAUGCGCAAUCGGACGGCCUCAACGACGAGACGGCGGCGGCGAAGGAGUUGCGGCAACAGCUAGAAUCCCGUGCGGCGUCCGUACACAACGCUCAGCUGGACCUUAUCGCCUCUCUGCAGAACCUUGUCCCUAAUAUUGUCUCCUCCAUUGAUCUCUCCCUCAAGGCAAUCUCUUGCUUCAGCGGCCGACCUUUCGUUCCCCUUCCCGAUACUCUCUCAUCUAACCCUAACCCUAAUGUCCGUUGUCCCAAAUUGCUCCCCUCCGAUCCCAAAUUCACUCCUGCUAACACUAGCAGCGCACUGGGAAAGCGUUCUCCGGCGGCUUCGAGAUUGGAGGAUGAGAAAAUGGUCAUUGAUGAGAGCGGGGGUCCGUUGUCUGUGGUAAGGGCUAUAGUCGCUGUAUGUUUGCUGGAGAGAGUUCCAUUUGCGCCGAUUGAUUCGUCUACUGUGAUAAGGAAGCUGGAGAAUGAUCAGUCCAUAACUGCUGCUGAGAGGGCAGCUCUCAGGGAGCUUGGAGGGGAGUCUGGAGGCAUACUAGCUGUGGAGAUGGCAUUGAAGUCGAUGGCAGAAGACAAUUGCGGGGUUGAGAUGGAGGAAUUCGUGGUAAGUGGAAAAUCUAGAGUAAUGGUGAUGAAUAUAGAUAGGACCCGUCUUUUGAAAGAAUUGCCUGAGAGCAAGCAGUUAUAUCAGCAGAAUGAGGGUGGAUCAAUUGAGGAAAGUCGGAAGCCUGAAUUGUUAAAAGCAGUCAGUGAUGCUAAUAAUGCAGGAGUUUUUGGAGUGGGUAGGCCUGAAAUGUGGAUGGGAGGGCAGAUGGAACACCAACCUCCCCACAUGCCCGGAUUGCCUCCUAUGUUUCCAGGGAAUAUGGGUCUGAGAGGUGGUCCAAGAGGAAUGGUUGGGAUUAUAGGUGGAAUGCCAAGGGGGGUUGGUGUGCUGCCUCCAUUGCCAAGGCCCCCGAUUGGACCAAAUGGGCAAUUUAGUGGGGCAAAUCUGAAGCCUAGGACUGAAGAAGAUGAUAUGAAAGAUCUUGAGGCUUUGCUGAAUAAGAAGAGUUUUAUGGAAAUGCAAAAAUCAAAAACUGGAGAGGAGCUAUUGGACCUUAUUCACAGACCUACAGCCAAGGAGACUGCUGUUGCUGCAAAGUUCAAAAGCAAAGGCGGUUCCCAAGUAAAGGAAUACUGUUCUGCACUGACAAAAGAAGAUUGUCGACGUCAAUCUGGUUCUUUUAUUGCUUGUGUGAAGGUUCAUUUCCGGCGCAUUAUUGCUGCACAUACUGAUGUCAAUUUGGGGGAUUGCUCUUUUCUUGACACUUGUCGUCACAUGAAGACAUGCAAGUAUGUGCAUUAUGAACUUGACUCAACACCGGAUAUGUCACACCAUAUGAUGGGAACAGGGGCCAUUCCUCCACCACCCAAACCUUUGCAGCAGCGUGCUCACUAUUGUUCAGAAGUGGAGCUUGGUGAGCCACAAUGGAUAAACUGUGACAUUCGCUCGUUCAGAAUGGAUAUUUUAGGACAGUUUGGAAUAAUCAUGGCAGAUCCACCCUGGGAUAUUCACAUGGAAUUACCUUAUGGAACAAUGGCUGACGAUGAAAUGCGCACUCUAAAUGUCCCUGCACUCCAGACUGAUGGUUUAAUUUUCCUUUGGGUAACUGGAAGAGCUAUGGAACUCGGACGUGAAUGUUUAGAACUUUGGGGUUACAAACGUGUUGAGGAGAUUAUUUGGGUAAAGACCAAUCAACUUCAGCGAAUUAUCCGAACCGGUAGAACGGGUCAUUGGCUUAACCAUAGUAAAGAGCAUUGCCUGGUCGGCAUAAAGGGCAAUCCAGAGGUCAACAGGAAUAUUGACACUGAUGUCAUUGUUGCUGAGGUUCGUGAAACGAGUCGCAAGCCAGAUGAGAUGUAUGCCAUGCUGGAAAGGAUAAGUCCAAGGACAAGAAAGCUGGAGUUGUUUGCACGAAUGCAUAAUGUUCAUGCUGGAUGGAUGUCACUUGGAAACCAAUUGCAAGGGGUGCGGUUAGUUGACGAAGGGCUUAGGGCACGGUUCAAGGCCGCUUACCCAGAUGUGGAGGUACAGCCUCAAUCGCCUCCCAGACCAGCUGCUGCCAUGGAAGUGGACCCCAGCAGCUCUGCCCAGGUGAGGAAUACAGAAUCUGCAUAAUCUCAACUACACAAAGGUAACCAGUGAAUCCGUGAUGUGCUAUUAUUAGGGAGUUUUAUAGAUGACUAUUUAGAACCUUUUGUUGCGUUUAUGUGUGUGUUUACAAUCUGUUCCUCUCAAAUAGUACAUGAGAUUGAACAAAGUUCCAUCCUUUUGUAUGCUGUCAAAAUGUACAAGUUUCUGAAAUGAUGUUUCAUAAUUUUCAUUAGCCUUUUACAGAGUACUCGGUAUUUAUAAUUCUGCAACUGUUUGAUUUUGUCUUUUAUUAAUUUUUAAUAUUUUCUCACUUAAAGUACAAAACAAAAGUUAGAUAUUGGU